AUGAGGACUCGCACAGUCGCCGCCCUGGCGCCCCUCCGCGGCGCGGGACGUCGGGUCACGCCUUCGAUCCAAGCGCCCUGGACAACAUCAGCAGCUCAACUCCAGAGCCGCGGCGGUGCGACGCUCGUCGACACCCCGACGGCGGCACACGACCUCGCCGCGCCUCCCGAGGCCAUUGAGCCGUCGCGAAAAGCCGACGCCAACAAGAUCUUUCGCGAUGCCGUCGCCGCGACUGCGCCGCGAAACACAUGGACGCGCCAGGAGAUUUCCGCCAUUUACUACCAGCCUCUGCUUGAGCUGGCCCAUCAGGCUAGCACCGUGCAUCGGCGCUUCCACAGCCCUGGUGAGGUCCAGCUGUGCACCCUCAUGAACAUCAAGACUGGCGGCUGCACCGAAGACUGCUCCUACUGCGCCCAGGCCACGCGCUACCAAAAAGGCACCGGCCUCGAGGCGAAGCGUGUCGAGAGCGUCGAGUCGGUACUCGCCGCCGCGCGCCAGGCCCGCGACAACGGCAGCACCCGCUUUUGCAUGGGCGCCGCGUGGCGCGAUAUGCGCGGCCGCAAGACGAGCCUUAAGAACAUCACGGAGAUGGUCAAGGGCGUGCGCGCCAUGGGCAUGGAGGUGUGCGUCACGCUCGGCAUGAUCGACGACAAGCAGGCCAAGGAGCUCAAGGAGGCCGGACUGACGGCCUACAAUCACAACGUUGAUACCAGCCGCGAGUUCUACCCGUCCGUCAUCACCACAAGGACCUACGACGAGCGCCUGCAGACCCUAGGCCACGUUCGCGACGCGGGCAUCAAUGUCUGCUCGGGGGGUAUCCUCGGCCUGGGCGAGUCGUCGGAGGACCGCGUCGGCCUGCUGCACACGGUGUCGACGCUGCCGUCGCACCCCGAGAGCUUUCCGGUGAACGCGCUCGUGCCUAUCAAGGGCACGCCACUGGGCGACACGACGCCUAUUGCGUUUACGAGCAUGCUGCGCACCAUUGCCACCGCCCGUAUCCUGAUGCCAGCAACCAUCAUUCGCAUUGCCGCCGGUCGCAAGACCAUGUCUGAGGAGAAGCAGGCCAUGUGCUUCAUGGCUGGUGCAAACGCCAUCUUCACUGGCGAAAAGAUGCUGACGACGGACUGCAACGGGUGGGACGAGGAUAGCGCAAUGUUUGGACGCUGGGGACUGUCACCCAUGAAGAGCUUCGACAAGACGCCCGCCAAGGCUGGUGACGUGGAUGCGAGGCAAUGA